AUGGAUGGAAGGUGGGAAGAAGCCAUACAGAAGGGUAUAUCCUACAUGAUCAAGGGCAUUUCGGGAACCGCCUCUGAUUCCACAGCCAAACUGGUAUACUUCAUCCACCCAACAACACUGUUGCUCUUAGCUCGAGGUCUCAGCUGGGUCGUGGCUUAUAUUGACGCUCAAAAUGGCGAAGAGAUCCACGGUGCGGUGGACUACGUCUCCCACGCAAGUUAUCAGGUCUAG